CAUCCUCUACUAUUAAGCAUUUCAAUCCACACUCCCACAGCAGUGAGGUUACACAUAAUACAGCCAGAAAUUGUAAUUUCAUUGCAUGAUUCAGGUACCAGUAAAAGUCUUACUGGAUCCCACUGGUACUUAAGUGUGGGUUCAGUGAAAGAACACAUGACUGUGGGCAACAAGGGACUAACAACAGGACAUUUUUGCAGGCAUAAAUCAUACUCUACAUAUGUAGGUACUGGGUACCUAUAUGGGGUUCAGUGAUAGAAAACAAAACUGUUGUUUGGCAAAGAUGGUGUUAACAACCUCAUCUUACUGUGUAAUUAAAGUUAUAAAAAGAAGAGCACCCACACACAUUACUGCCCACAUAACUUUUUCUUAUUGUGUAAUCAAAAUAAUUGAUAAUCAUGAGAUUCCUCAAUAAGGAUUUGUCAUGUUUGAUCCACCUACAGUACAUCUGUAUCUUAUAUUAUUACAUUACUUGAUUAUAGUUCUUCCUUCUUGGAUGUCAGUAGAAGGCUUUUAGAGUUGAUUAUAUGACACAAGUGUUACAUUUCUUCUCCAGUGAACCUGUUGUGAGCUGCUGAAUGAACAUGCCUGCUAAAGGCCAUUUUUUCUAAAGACCCAUUUCUUAAUUUGAUUUUAUUUCAAAUCUUACAAUUAAGAAAACAUAAAUAAAACCUUAGAGUAUGGGUGUAGCUGUCCGCAGAAGAAACGUGUGUAAUCUGAGCGCUCCUUUUUAGUGUUUUCUCCUACAUAUCCCAAUAAUGUUAGUUAAUGAGUGAAAGUCAUUUGUAUUUUCCAUUACACAGUAAAAUAUAAAAUAUGUGGGCCGUAUUACACACUUAGAUGGCAGUUUUAUUAGGUACACCAGCUAAAACUAAUGCAGUCUAAUUUAAGUCCAGCAAUAAAUUAGAACUUGUCACUCCCUUGUUCUUAUAUUUAGAAUACAUUGAAGUACCGACAGGAACCACUAAGUAUAUUAUUGGUACCUGAUUCAUGUAAUGAAAUUACGCUGUGAAUUUUGCAACCAAAAAUGCACGUGUAUAAAGCACAGGCCUGCGUGAUAGAAAUAUAAUUUAAUGGCUUUAGUUAUAUCGAUGAUUUAAAGUUUGAACGGCGCCUCAGUCUCUCGAGACAAGCGGAUGUAUAUCACUCCGCACCCAGUUGCGUAAUACGCCUUCCUCUAAAAACAAUAGUCCACUAAAUGUUUAUAAACAUCUAAUUUACCGAAUAUUUGGACCAAUAUGUAACGACAAAACUAUCGGUAAAUACAUAUUGUCAAAAUUGGUGGUCAUAUGAAUGUUUGAUUAGAUGACCGGUCAGUUUUUCAACAAAAACAAUAAAUAAGAUCCGGUUGCACGGACAGGAAGCAAGGAGAUACUCAUGGCGCCCGACUAGAAUGAGGCAACAAUUAUCGGUUACUAAUUUCUGUUCUGUUUAGCGCCUCUGCACUAAAGGACACCUUGCUACCCGAAAAUACACGUUAUGGAUUCGGAGGAGAAUGAGGUGGAGAGCAGCAGUGAUGCAGGCCCCUCAGGGAUGGAGGAGCCAUCUGAAAGCGGCAUGGGUAUGGAGUCAUCGGAGGCCAUGUCUGCAGACAGCAGCGAUGCUGCUGCAUCACAUGCACAGGCCCCAGAGUCUGACUGCCAUGUGGGACAGAGCUCGGAGGGACUUGUGGUGUUCAUCCCAGAAACCAGCUCCAGUACAGAUGUCAGAAUUUCAUCAGUCCACCUCCCAGAUUCGUCCUCAGUGGCCCAGUCCACCAGCGUGUCCAGCGUCUCCACAGUGACUCAGUCAGUGCUGGUGUCUGAGUCAGCCCAAGUGCUGGUCCACUCCAGCGCUGUGUCUGAAGGAGCCAUGAUGGUUUCUGACUCAACUGCUUCUACCUCGUCAGACCUGGGGUCUGCCAUUGACAAAAUCAUAGAGUCCACCAUCGGCCCCGACAUCAUGAAUGGUUGCAUAUCUGUUACCAGUGCAGAAGAUGGGGGUGCAGAAACAACCCAGUAUCUGAUAUUACAAGGACCAGAUGAUGGUGCUCCUAUGGUAGCUCAGAUGUCAUCUUCGGCCUUGUCCGAUCGUAUAGCCAUAGAAGCUCUUGCUGAAGGUCCCACAUCUACCUGUUUGGACCAGGGAGACCUGCAGGGCAACCUUGAACCUGACCAGCCUGAUGAUCAGCCUGGACACUCAGGUUACCCAGAGGACAGCAGCAGUCAGCCUGACCAGCCCCAGCACUCCCACCCCUCCCAGUACAUGGACUGCAGUGCAGAUGGUCCAGACCAGACAGAGGAGUCUUCAUCUUCCUAUGUAGAGUGUUCAGGUGAGGAGCCUGACCAGACACGCUCCCAGUCAGGCUUCCCUGAUUACAGCGGGGAUAACAGUGACCAGGACCUGCCUGGAUACGUGGAAUGCAGUGGGGCUGACUCAAACCCUACCAGUCGAGGUCACUAUGUGGUGGAGUGCAGUGCUGGGUAUCUUGAGUGUACAGUGGACGAUGGAGAGCAGCCACAUCAUUCACGCAGUUACAUCGACAGUAGUGCAGACCACCGGUCCCAGACUAGUCGGCAGUAUAGUGCUGAGUAUGGUGGAGAAUGUGUUGCAGCUGCAGACUCUGAGCAACCGGGUUGUUCUCAGUACCAAGCUAGGGAUGAUGAUGAAGAUGACGACCAGAACCAGGAUCCAGAUCAGCCGCAGCACUCCCAACAGCAGCCCCAGCACUCCUGUUACCUGGAAAGCAGCAAUGGCCCUGAGGCCUCUCUCUAUGCCGAUGACAGCUCCUCAUCAGACCAUCCUCUGGCAGACACUGCAGGUUCAGGCGGGCUUCCUGAGGCACUGGAGUGUAGCGAGAGCCAGCCUGGGCCCUACAUCAGCAGCAGUGGGACAUAUACCUCCAAUCCAGAGCCUGAGCUGGCUCAGCAGUGCUCACCCAGCCAAGAGGAGCCCCAGGGCUCCCAGGGGCCUCAGGAUGAAGCCGGGCUGGUCAGGGAGAUGGAGACAUCAACAGUGGCAGAAGGUUCUGGAGACAGACCUCCAAACCUAGCUGAGCUGGAGGAGAUGAUGGAAGUAGUGAUUGUACAGCAGUUCAAGUGUAAGAUGUGUCCGUACAAGAGUGCUUCCAAAGACACACUCAUUAACCACAUGAGAGACAAGCACUUCAAACCUGCAGUGGAUGUGCACAAGAAGCGUAAACGUGGACGGCCUCCUAAAAGUGAGACAGUGGCCCGUCGGCAGGCAGAGAGAGAGGAAGCUGAAGAGAAGAAGGCAGCAAAGGUGAAGGCUGCUGAGCCUCAUCAGGCAGAAGAAGAAGAGGAUGAUAUUGUGGAUGCUGGUGCUAUUGAUGACCCCGAAGAGGAUAGUGACUACAACCCAGCAGAGGAGGAUUGCAAAGGAAGACCACCUGCCACUCUGAAGAAGCCUGCUCCUCCUAUUUCUUCCUCUUCUCACAGGCGUCCUCGACGUAAAGUUGGCCGUCCGAGGAAAUACAGCUCUUUAGAAGAAGGCUACAGCAGCAAAGAAGCAGAAAGUAUUGCUAAGAAGCCCAGGGUUAGCGCUGAUGCUAGUAUACCUGAAGAGGCAAGCUCUUCCGGGUUAAACAAUGGUCCUGCUAUGGUGACUGUUGGAGACACUGCUGAGGCCACGAUAAGCCAGUCGGAUUCCGAGAACAAAGAUCCUUCAUCCAACACAUCGCAGCCAGAGGAGGAGUUCUUCCAGAGGAAACGUGGCCGACCCUCCAAGCGCUUCCUUCGCAAGAAGUAUAAGAAGUAUAUCAAUCGAAACCGUUACUAUAAAUCUCUCAAACCGCUCCUGAGGCCUCACAACUGCUGGAUCUGUGGCUCGCGCUUCCUCACUCAAGAAGAUUUGCGCUUCCACGUGGACUCUCAUGAGGGCAAUGACCCAGAGCUCUUUAAGUGCCUCCAGUGCAACUAUCGCUGUAAGCGCUGGUCCUCACUCAAGGAACACAUGUUCAAUCAUGAGGGUACCAAGCCAUUCAAGUGUGAGGAGUGUGAUUACACAAGUGUCUACAGGAAAGAUGUCAUCCGCCACUCGGCAGUCCAUAACAAAGAGAAAUUUUUUUCUUCUCCUUCCCACAGAAAAAGAAAGACUGAGUUGGCUCCAAAGGUGUCAGAGUUCCCCUGCCCUGUGUGUCACAGAGUUUACCCCAUGCAGAAAAGAUUGACCCAGCACAUGAAAACCCACAGCUCCGAGAAACCACACAUGUGUGAUAAGUGUGGCAAAUCCUUCAAGAAGCGGUACACAUUCAAAAUGCACCUACUGACCCACAUCCAGAGCCUUGGAGACAGCAAGUUCAAGUGUGAGUUUUGCGACUACACUUGUGACAACAAGAAGUUGCUGCUCAACCAUCAGCUGUCCCACACCAACGACAGGCCAUUCAAGUGCGACUACUGUAAAUACUCCACUUCUAAAGAGGAGUUCCUGGUCUCCCAUCUAGCCAUUAAGCACACAGGAGAGAAGCCUUUCUCCUGUGAUAUGUGUCACUUCAUGACAAAGCACAGGAAGAACCUGCGUCUACAUGUCCAGUGCCGCCAUCCUGAGGCAUUUGAAGAGUGGUCCGUGGCUCACCCUGAGGAGCCUGUGAGGAGACGACGCAGACCCUUCUUCACCCUGCAGCAGAUAGAGGAGCUCAAACAACAACACGACGAACCACAGGGCCUACAGAACACUAUAGUUGCAGUAGAUUCUGCGACACUACAAGCCAUGCAGGGGAUGGAAAAUGCCUCAGUGUCCCAGGAUGCAUUGGGAAACACCACCAUCAUCUAUGAACAAGCUGAAUCCAGUGAUCUAUCCGCCCAGAAUGCCCUGGACCUGCUGCUGAAUAUGAGCAAUGCCCGUGAAUUGGUUGGAAACUCCGUGCAGGUGGCAGUGCUGAAGUCAGAAGGCAAAGCUUUGGAGAAGAGCACUUGGAGUACAGUGACCGCAGCACCGGGCCAGGCCCAAAAGGUCAUGACCUUCCACGUGUCUGAGAACGGUGAGACAGUGCUACAAGAGGCCUACGAGGCAGCCACCUCUGAAACAGGAGAGCUCACCCAGAUUGCCAUCGAAGCCUACGAAGGCGGUGGGGACUUCAGUGUGGUGGAGCAGACCGCUGAAGAAAUCCAUAGUCCUGGAUACAGUAAUGGUGAGAGCAGUCCUUCUCAGGCUUUAGAGGUCUCUGGAUCAGAGAGCACGAAAAGCGACAAGUAUUAUCUUACUUCAACGCUGCCUGAUGGUGUACUGCAACAAGUGGAGCUGAGCAGUGAAGCUCCGACCUCUCCCUCUGCAGUGGGCUCUCCCAGUCUCAGCACCAAGAGGUUUUCCUGCCGAAUCUGCAUGGAGUCUUUCCACGGACGCUCUGACAUGGAGAACCACAAGAGGGCGCACUUGGAUCCCAACACCUUCAAGUGUCCUGACUGUGACUUCACCUCCACCUCCUGGCCUGAGGUCAAGGCUCACAUGGAGCAGCAUUCCUACCUACGUCCCCACAAGUGUCCAAACUGCAGCUUUGCCUCCAAAAACAAGAAAGACCUGCGCAGACACAUGAUGACCCACACCAACGAGAAACCCUUUUCUUGCAAACUUUGUGGACAAAGGUUUAACCGUAAUGGCCAUCUGAAGUUUCACAUGGAGCGUCUCCACAAUCAGGAUCAUCCUACUCGCAAAAGCCGCACGGCCACAUCUCAGCAGACCAUCAUAGUCAACAGUGAUGAGGAGGCCUUAGCCACACUGCAAUCUCUGCAGGCACAUCAGACAGUGAUCACUCCAGAGCGGUUGCAGGCUUUGGGACAGGAGCACAUCAUUGUAGCUCAGGAACAGACACUAUCAGACCAGGAGGAGGGCACAUAUAUUCAACAGAUAACCACCCUAGAUGGACAGACAGUUCAGCACCUGAUGACAGGAGACAACCAGGUGACAGAGGUCCAGUAUAUCAUCUCACAGGAUGGAGUACAGCACUUGAUCCCUCAGGAGUAUGUUGUAGUAGCUGACGGCAACCACAUACAGAUGCCAGAUGGACAGAUCAUCCAGUAUGAGCACGACGGGGCCUUUGUGCAGGAGCAGCAGAUCGCUGUGAGUCAUGACGGUCAGAUCCAGUAUCUACCUGUCAGCUCGGAGCAACAGAUAGUGAAUCCUGAAGAUCUGGAGGCUGCUGCUCACUCUGCUGUCACAGCAGUAGCAGAGGCAACAAUGGCACAGACCCAGACCGUCUACACUGAGGCUACACCUGAACAGCUGGAGCAGCUGCAGCAGCAGGGCAUCCACUAUGAUGUCAUCACCUUCACCGACGAAUAGACGUCUUUUUAAACCCACCACGGUACAAACCUGCGCCGACCAGGACCAAUACGAACCACUAUGAGCUGACAAGUACAGUGACCUCAACUUAUUUAUGCACUCAGCUGGCUGUGAACUAAAGCAUUAUGUCCUCCACAGGAUCAUCUGCUCGGGGCAGUUGCACCGUUUAAUAAGAUCAACAGCUUUUUGUAAAUUCAGAUUAUUGCACCCAUCGCUUCUAACUUAAUCAUAGGGGCUGUGCAUUUAACAGUUGGUCUGUAAUUAUUAAAAAUUAUUUGUGUUCAUGUGCCUCAACUGCUUCGAUUUGCAAGACAAUGUUAUCAAAGAGAAUGAAAUGGCUUAUAUCAUGUUUUAGAAAAUUUACCAAGCAUCUAAAUGAACAUUUCAGUUUUCAAACAGAGGGAAUGAAAAAGGAGUGUUUAUUUUUGGCCUGUAAUAACAUAUGUUAAUUGUUAGAAUGCCACAACUUUGUCUUUACUGAAUAUUAAAUUGUACAUACCUUUUGCAUUUGUUUUCUGUUCCAUAAUGGAGGAUAUGUUUUGAUUUAGUCAAUAUGAAGUGUUUAAUAAGCUGAAAGCUGACACCAAAUAAAUCACU